AUGCCUUAUUCCCUAUAUAGUAGGCUUCAGAUUUGGACAUGGGAUUGUGAGAGCUUUGAAGACGUGAUGAGUGGAUUCUUAGAAAGAAGUAAGAGACGUGCAGAGAAGGUUUCUGAAAUCAAGGAUUGGUGGGACACUGAUCCACAAUUAAGUCAUGCAUGCAGGAAAGGUAGAAGUAAAGCUGAAAAACCCAAGGUCAAGCUGAAAUAUCAUCUGAGUACCUUCAAGAAGAAGGCAUCAAAUGCUAUCAAGGAAAUCCGGAAGUUUGCCCAGAAGGCAAUGGGAACAAAUGAUGUAAGGGUUGAUGUCAAGUUGAACAAGCACAUAUGGAGCCGUGGAAUCCGGAGUGUUCCAAGAAGGAUCCGUGUCCGCAUUGCAGGCAAGAGAAAUGACGAUGAAGAUGCCAAGGAAGAGCUCUACUCCUUGGUCACCGUUGCAGAAAUUCCAGAGGGAGGGUUGAAGGGAUUGGGAACCCAAGUCAUUGAAGAAGAAGAGUGAAAAUCCAUAUUUUCUUUUGAUAGGUUUUUAUUAACUUCAGUUUUG